UAUACUGGAGGUGGUCAUUAGCAGGAGGUGGUGUCGCUGCUCUUCCUCUGGAGCGAAGCAGCUCAGUAGACCGGAGCAGAGAGAGGACAACUCUGAGGAAAGGUGGAAACAUGACGGGGCCAAGGUCUCCCAACAUGUACCCUGAUAUGUGCACUACCCUUCUCCUCACUUUGCUGCUCCUUCAAGUCCCACAGGCUGCAUCUGUGCAGGAGAUUCAAACCAGCCAUGAGAACCUGGCAAAAAUCAACUCGGCAGCAGAAUUGAUGCAGUGCUCAGCAGUCAUAGACAUCCUCUUCCUCAUGGACGGCUCCUACAGCAUGGGGAAGGGCACCUUCGAAAGGUCUAAACAUUACGCAGUAAAGCUUUGUGAAGCCCUGGACGUUGCUCCCGAUAAGGUGCGAGUCGGUUUGAUUCAGUUUGGCUCUGUUCCUCGGCUUGAGUUUUCCUUGGACUCGUACUCCACCAAGCAAGAGCUGAAGAAGCACUUAAAGCAGAUUUCAUACAGAGGUGGUAGCACUCAGACAGGUGUGGCUCUGAAAUACAUCCUGAGAAAAGGUUUUCCAGGUGGCCGUAACUCCUCCAGCGUCCCCCGCAUCACCAUCCUCCUGUCUGAUGGAAGGUCUCAGGGCAGCGUGGCCCAGGCAGCCGCACAGCUAAAGGAGAAGGGCGUGGUCUUAUUUGCUCUCGGCUUGCGGUACCCCAAAUGGGAAGAGCUACACGCACUUGCCAGUGAGCCACUGGAAAGUCAUGUCUUCUUUGCUGAGCAUUUCUAUGAUGCUGUUAAUGGCCUGUACACGACGCUGAACAUGUUCUCUAUCUGCAACGCUACACCUGCGGGCUGUCAGAUGGAGUCCUUUCCCUGCGAGAGGAAGACUCUGGAGACCGUGAAAGAGCUACAGGGGAAUUUCAUGUGCUGGAAAGGCUCCAAGGGAUAUUCCCCAUAUACAUCACUUUGCCCUUACUACAGGUACAGUAAAGUUUACAGGAGACACCAGACAGUCUGCCAUAGGACCAUUUGUUCAGAUCCCUGUGACUCUCAGCCCUGUCUGAACGGGGGAACCUGUGUAUCAGAAGGUCUAGAGCGCUACCACUGUGUGUGUCCGCCUGGUUAUAGAUCAGACACACAUUGUGCUCCUGCUUUAUCCUUGGAUUGCUCCAUUGAUUUGCUUUUCCUGUUGGAGGGUUCUGCUACGCUCACUUUAGAAGGCUUCCUUCGCUUCAAAUCCUUCUUAAAGCGCUUCCUGCAGACUGUCAUCGGCUCCGACAGCCCCAGUAAAGUCGGCCUGGCUGUGUUCGGUGGGGAGACCACAGUGGAAUCCCAGGUCGGGGAAUUUAAAAGAAACACAAGGAGCCUCCUGAAGGCCGUGGAUGCUCUGCAACCACUUGGUGGCUUGACCCUGACAGGCAAGGCGCUCCGAUAUGUGACCCGUCAUGGCUUUGUGAGCAAGCCAGUCUUUGCAGACGUCUCAGAUGACCUCCCACACGUGGUGGUGCUGCUCACCGCCACUCCUGCUGCUGAUGAGGUGGUUGAAGCCUCAAGAUAUGCACGAGAUAGAGAGAUCUUCCUGAUAGGGGUGGGACCGGACAGACUGAAGGGGGAGCUGAACAAUAUCACAGGAAAUCCUCAGAGGUCUCUAACGUACUCGUCACCUGAUAGACUCGUUGAAAAGAUACCUGAGCUGAAGGCCAAGAUCUGUAGCGUGGAUACACAAGGGUGUCUGGGGCAGGCAGUAGACCUGGUGUUUGCCCUGGAUGCCUCAGCUGGAGUCGGCCGUCAGAACUUUGCCACCCUGCAGGACUUUGUGCGCAGCAUCACCGUCCAGUUCGACAUUAACCGGGAUGUGACUCAGGUAGCCCUGGUGGCCUACAACCGACGAGCUACCACCGUGUUUGGCCUGGAUGCCCACAAGUCUGGCUCCGCCAUCCUCAAGGCCGUGGGCGAAGCCAGCUACAUGGGCGGAGGGGUGUCAACGGGCACGGCGUUGCUCCACAUCUACUCCAAAGUGCUGACUAUAGCCAGUGGUGCCAGGCUGGGGGUCAACAAGGCCGUGGUGGUGGUGACGGAUGGCUCGGGCGGGGACGAUGCCGUCGUGCCCGCUCAGAAGAUAAGAGACAGUGGUGUUUCAGUUUUUGUAGUUGGUAUUGGAGACAUGCAGCGAGACAAAGUGAAGAUGAUUGCAGGUUCAGAGGAGUACAUGAUCUCUGUGCCAUCUUAUGAGGAUCUCAAGUACUUUGAGGACGUGCUGGUUCAGAUAAUAUGCUCAGAGGUGCAGAAACCUGUGAACCUGUGCAAGCCAAACCCUUGUAUGCACGAUGGAAUCUGCAUCGUCUCAGGAGGGAGCUUCAGGUGUCAGUGCCAGGACUAUGAAGGGCCACACUGCGAAACACGAAGCAGUAAACCCUCAUCCAGAGGGGAUGUUCCAAAGCCUGCUGGUCUGAGGAAGAAGAGCAGACAGAGGAAGAGCCACCAGGAGCUCCUUCAUCACUACAAACUACAUCGCUGGAGAAACAUUGCCUGACACACACAAUUAAUACAGAGAAACAAAUAACAUGUGAACACUUAAAAACCAGGUAUGUUUGUUUGUCUAGUAAAGGGAAACCUGAUAUUUGUUAAUUUUUCAGUAUUUGAUGUAAUGCAUCUCAUUUCUGUCACUGUUUUUGUAAAGUUUUUUAUGUCUUUAUAAAACUCAUUUAUAAUUAUGUUGGCUGUUUUGGUAUAUAAACUUUGUUAUAACAUUA